AGGCCGCCGCGAGCGCAGCGCAGGUCCCACGGCUCGGCAGCAGGCGGUGUGGAGUCCACGGUUCGGAGGAUCGCGGAGCUGGGGCCGCCGCGGCGCCCAGGCAGGAGGGCGAGAGGGGUCCCUGCCCGGGAGCCCGGGGUGGGAGGCCUGCGGGAGGCGCCCGGCCUGCUGCCAGGCCUGGAGCGGUCCCGGCCGGGCAGGCCCUGGGAGCCCGGGGGAGGGAGAGCCGGGUGAUCCUGCAGGAUCGCAGCGUCCCUUCGGGGUCCCUGCUGCCGUUGGAACGGCGGGAGGUCCCUGUCUUCUUCCAUUUCCGGAGCCGCGGAGCAGAGCGCAGCCUCUCUGAGCCCCAGUGGGGACCCCAAGUCCCCCCCACCAGCCCUGGGGGAACCCUCAGCCCCCUUCUCUGGACUCCGCUGUGCCCCUCAGCCAUCCGUCCCCUGUCUUAGGCCCAGUACAGACCUUUUAUCUCUGUUCUCGGAAUUCCAGCAGGUCCCCAGCCCCCCCCCCCUUUUCUGAACCCCAGCCAAGACUCUGCUAUUUCCUUCUGUGAAUGCUGGGGGUGGCCUGUGUGAGACCCAGAAGAAGUUCGGAUCUCCCUCCUAAACCCCAGAGGAGACCCGACUCCUACCUCCUCAGACUCUGAGCCCCAAAGAAGCCAGGCGGGACCUCUUUUCGAACGCACGGAGGACCUCGGCUUCCUCUCCCGGGUACCGCGAACUCUGAGCCUCGUGGGGACCCGGAGCAGUCCCUCAGAGCUUCGGGUGACACUCACCCUCCCCACCCCCCAUCCUACCUGUGGAGCCUUUGGGUUUCCUCCUUGGCACCCAAGUUCUAGCUCGGAGCUCAGGGGACCUUGAUUUUCCCCUGGAUUCCCUCCUCUUGGCUGAGUUUCUGCGGACACCCCAGGCCCUUUGCGGAACCCGAGAAGGUUCCUCAACACCCGGGGGCGGCCGGAUCUCGUUUUUUUUUGGUUUUUUCCUACUCUGAGAUCCAGAGGCACCCUCGGCUUUCCCGUGUGAGGUUCCAGGGAGAUUCAGAAAUUCCUUUUUUUAUAGUCCAGUGGAAGCAGCGCCGCCCCCGCCCCCGCCCCCUCCCAGCCCUCUCCGUUCAGCUUCCCCACAUCGGAUAAUGAUGUGGUCCAACUUCUUAAUGCAAGAGGAGAACCGGCGGCGCGCCGAGGCCGGGCGGCGGGGGCGCGGGCAGGGCCUCCCGGGGCUGUCGCCGGAGCAGGAGGGGAAGGUGAAGCUGGUGCUGCUGCUGACCGCGGUGGGCGCCACGCUGGCCGUGCUGGCCGUGGGCACGGAGUUCUGGGUGGAGCUCAACACCUUCAAGACCAACGGCAGUGCCGUGUGCGACGCUGCGCACCUGGGGCUGUGGAAGAUGUGCACAAAGCGACUGUGGCUGGCGGACGUGCCCGCGGGCAGGGAGACGUGUGGCCCCGCGGAGCUGCCCGGAGAAGCCAACUGCACCUAUUUUAAAUUCUUCACCACCGGGGAGAAUGCACGCAUCUUCCAGAGAACCACAAAGAAAGAGGUGAACCUGGCAGCUGCGGUGAUAGCAGUGGUGGGCCUGGCAGUCAUGGCCCUGGGGUGCCUCUGCAUCAUCAUGGUGCUCAGCAAAGGCGCAGAGUUUCUGCUCCGAGUUGGGGCUGUCUGCUUUGGCCUCUCAGGUCUGCUGCUCCUGGUCAGCCUGGAGGUGUUCCGGCAUUCCGUGCGAGCCCUUCUGCAGAGUGUCAGCCCAGAACCUCCCCCAGCUCCGGCCCUGGCCUAUGAGUACUCCUGGUCUCUGGGCUGUGGAGUGGGGGCCAGCCUCGUCCUGCUGCUGGGGGGCCUCUGCUUUCUCCUGCUCACCCUGCCCCCCUGGCCCUGGGGCUCCUUCUGUCCCAAGCAGGGGCACAGGGCCACCUAGGGCCAUCCUUGAGCUUUCUCUAAGCUCCUUCUAAAACCCUUUUUUUUUUUAAACCCUUGUCCCGUCAAAAUCUUUUGCCCCAUGUCUUGGAGAAACUGUCUUCCUUGGGCUGGGGCCCAAAUUGUUUGCACAGACCCGAAUUGUUUGGGCAUCUCUCAUACCCUCAUCUUUUCCCUCUGUAAAUAUGUUUUCCUCAGUGGCUGAAUUUGGGUCGCUUAGGGGUGGGGUGGGGAGAGGCAUUUUGCAAACGAGGGUCCCCAGGGAAGGUUGUUGGGGACCUGAUGGGGUAGCUAG